ACCAUUUCCCCAAAGUUCAUACCGCCGCCCAACUUAGACGACGAUUACACACCAUGGCUGAAGAAAACUACGACGAAGCAGUCCGUGCUGCUGAGCUUAAGAAGAAGAGAUCCUUCCGUACCUACUCCUACCGUGGUAUCGAGCUUGAGAAGCUCUUGGACCUCUCUGCCGAGCAGUUGGUCGACUUGUUCCACGCUCGUGCUCGUCGUCGCAUGCUCCGUGGUCUUGGUGCCAGCGCUUCCCGUUUCAUCAAGAAGCUUCGUGUUGCCAAGGCUCAAGCUGCUCCCAACGAGAAGCCUGAGGUCGUCAAGACUCACUUGCGUAACAUGAUCAUCCUCCCUGAGAUGAUCGGCUCUGUCGUUGGUAUCUACAACGGUAAGGUCUUCAACCAAGUUGAGAUCCGUCCCGAGAUGGUUGGCCAUUACCUUGGUGAGUUCUCCAUCACCUACAAGCCCACCAAGCACGGUCGUCCCGGUAUCGGUGCCACCCACAGCUCUCGUUUCAUUCCCUUGAAGUAAAUGAAAGCGACACUUGUAGUGGCUUUAAAAAUCGUAUAUCGAAGCAAUUCGUCGUUUGUAAUUUGUCUGUUCGCUCGGCAUCUUCGUCCAACGAAGCCGGUUGUAUGUUUUGAACAAGGUAGUCAUGUGUUGUUAAGGUUUGUGGAGUCGUGGAGAUUGGGAAGGAGAGGGAGGAUGGAUAGUGUGUGG